AGAAUGGCAGGCCUUUUGUGCAAACAAAUUUUCCUAAGUUUUCUUGUUACACUUACGUUAACAUCCUCCAUAAACCCUGCUUCGGCAGCUCGUGUUGUAGCCGGUGCAAGAAAUGCUGAGUUUAUAAGAAUAUCAUGUCAAGCAACAACGUAUCCCAAUCUAUGUUACACUUCUCUAUCAUCUCACGCAAGUGAUAUAAGAGCAGACCCCCAACUCUUGGCCCAUGCGGCUCUUACCCUAACUCUCCAAACCGCCGAAUCAACGUCUGCCGUGAUGGUUAAGAUGGGGAAGAGCCAGGGCUUGUCCCAUAGAGAGGUGGGGGCCAUGCGCGAUUGUGUGGAAGAGUUGAGAGACUCCGUGAAUGAAAUUAGAAAGUCUUUGACAGAAAUGAAGCAGUUGAAAGGCUCAGAUUUUAACCUAAAAGUGAAUGAUAUACAAACUUGGGUUAGCGCCGCCUUGACAGAUGAAGACACGUGCACCGAAGGGUUCGCGAAAGGGAACGUUAAGGCCGCCGUGAGGGAAGCCAUUGUGAACGUUGCACAUAUGACUAGCAACGCCUUGGCUUUGAUCAACGCAUUCGCUGCUCUUCACAAUUAAGCCAAUUCAAUUAGUAGCCAACUUCUUAAAUGUGUUACGUGUGUAUUGUUUGUCUUGUAGUAUUAUCUUCGCCAAUUUAAGUUUGAUAGCAUUAAGUAUGUAAUAGUUAAAACAAAUAUAAUAAUUUAACUGUAAAAAA